GGCUUUUCCAGCUCCCAAGAGCUCCUCCCUCACUUCUUUCGCCUCCUGCUGCUCUGUUACCGGGGCCCCACCUCCCUUGGCCCCAAGGCAUCUCUGCACAGGUCUCCGAUUGGUGCACAGCACAGCCUGGCCUUUUAGGGACUGUUGUCGCGCCUUUAAAGUGAUAGGGAAAGGGUCCAGUGGCUGCUUUUAUCGACCAAUCAAAUAUUUUCCUGACAGAUCCCAAAAUAUUCCUGGGCCAAUGGAGGGAGGAGCCCAAGAUGCCUCUGCUGCUCCUUGGAGAGACAGAGCCUCUUAAGUUGGAGCGGGACUGCCGGAGGCCAGUGGAGCCCUGGGCUGCUGCCAGCCCCGACCUGGCACUUGCUUGCCUGUGUCACUGUCAGGAUUUGUCUAGCGGCGCAUUCCCUAACAGGGGUGUGUUGGGGGGAGUCCUCUUUCCAACUGUCGAAAUGGUUAUCAAAGUGUUUGUUGCUACAUCUUCUGGGUCCAUAGCGAUUAGGAAGAAACAGCAAGAAGUAGUGGGUUUUUUGGAAGCGAAUAAAAUCGACUUUAAGGAAUUAGAUAUUGCUGGAGAUGAAGACAAUAGGAGGUGGAUGAGAGAGAAUGUUCCUGGAGAGAAAAAACCUCAAAAUGGGAUUCCUUUGCCUCCCCAGAUCUUCAAUGAGGAGCAGUACUGUGGGGAUUUUGACUCUUUCUUCUCUGCAAAAGAAGAGAAUAUUAUUUAUUCCUUCCUUGGUUUGGCUCCUCCUCCAGACUCAAAGGGAUCAGAGAAGGCUGAAGAAGGUGGAGAAACUGAGGCACAAAAAGAGGGCAGUGAAGAUGCGGGCAACCUCCCAGAAGCCCAGGAGAAGAAUGAAGAAGAAGGAGAGACAGCCACAGAAGAGACGGAAGAAAUAGCCAUGGAGGGUGCGGAAGGGGAAGCCAAGGAGGAGGAGGAAACUGCAGAAGGAGAAGAAGAGCCUGGAGAAGACGAAGAUUCCUAGGCCUUUUCACGCUUCAUUUCUUCCACUUCUCCAGAAAAUGGAAGCUAUGAAGCGACAUUUCAAAUGUCUCUCCACAAACCAAACUCAACAGAAUACUUUGGCUUGAAGCCGGCACACCCAGGGUUACUGAGGACUUAUGCUGCCUGACCUGGUUAGAUGUACAUGGAGGUAUCUCCCGAAUCAUACAAAAUUAAAUGUGAAGACAGUUUAUGCAUACCUUCAUGUGCCUGACAGUCUUGGCUUUUGAAGAUUUUUUUUUCUUUUUUGCUCUGCAUAGCUAGACCAUCUUAUUAAUAAUACUCUGAAAAAAAUGAUUUCAAGGCAUGGAAGUUCUCUGUGAUACAACAAUAGUAUUUCUUCAAAUGCGCCUUAUGCUACUUAUCUCAGAAGCAGGUUUUAAAAUGAAGUGCUUUCCAGAGAACCAUCAUAUAAAUAAAGAUUAAUAGAAAAAUA